CACAUGUUCCCCACCUUCCACACGCCGAUCCCCAUCGACAUGCGCCACCACGAGGGGCGGUACCACUACGAGCCGCACGCUCUGCACGCCAUGCACGGCCCGGUGGGUUUGACCGGCAGCAUCGCCGACAUCUCCCUGAUCCGCCUCUCGCCCGGCGCCGUGGCGACCGGCGACUCCCCCUUCGGCGUGCCCCACCCCUACGUGCCCCCCCACAUGGAGCACUACCUGCGCUCCGUGCACGCCAGCCCCACGCUGUCCAUGAUCGCCGCCGCCAGAGGCCUCAGCCCGGCCGACCUGGCCCACGAGCAUCUGAAGGAGCGCGGGCUGUUCGGCCUGCCCCCCCCCCCUCCCCCGGGGGCCGGCCCAGCGGAGUUCUACCACCUGAUGGCGAGCCACCGCAGCCCGUACGGCGAGCUGCUGAUGCAAGGGGCCGGGGGGGCGGCGGGGGCCCACCUGUCCGACUACAUCACCCCCCUCGACGUGUCCCGGUUCUCCAGCCCCAGACUCACGCCCCGGAUGAGCAGGAAGCGAGCGCUGUCCAUCUCACCGCUGUCGGACGCCAGCAUCGACCUGCAGACGAUGAUCCGCACCUCGCCCAACUCGCUGGUGGCGUACAUCAACAACUCUCGCUCCAGCUCGGCGGCGAGCAGCUCGUACGGUCACCUGUCGGUGGGAGGACUCAGUCCGUCCUUCCCCUUCCCUCAUCCCAUCAACCCCAUGGCGUACCAGCAGCUGCUCUCCCAGCAGCGCGGCCUCAGCGCCUUCGGCCACACGCCGCCGCUCAUCCAGCCGCCGCCCGUCUUCUCCAGCCGCCAGCCGGGCCUCGGCCUGUCCUCGCUGUCGGCGUCCGUCCACCACGGCGACCUGAUGUCAAAGAACCACGGCAGCGACUCGGCCGUCAGCAGCUCAGUCGACCCCAUGACCACCAAGAGGUCAAAGGUCAAGAGCGAGGCCGAGGGACUGAGGCCUUUGUCCCCGUGUUCACCGAACCGGCUCGGCAGCUCGCUGGACCUGAAGGACGAGGCGGGGGGGGACGAGUGCAAACAGGAGCCGGAGGCCGUGUACGAGACCAACUGCCACUGGGAGCGCUGCAGCCAGGAGUUCGACACGCAGGAGCAGCUGGUGCACCACAUCAACAACGACCACAUCCACGGAGAGAAGAAGGAGUUUGUGUGCCGCUGGGACGAGUGUUCCCGGGAGCAGAAGCCUUUCAAGGCUCAGUACAUGCUGGUGGUUCACAUGAGGCGCCACACGGGCGAGAAACCACACAAGUGCACGUUCGAAGGCUGCUGCAAAGCGUACUCUCGUCUGGAGAAUCUCAAAACUCACCUGCGCUCGCACACGGGCGAGAAGCCGUACGUGUGCGAGCACGAGGGCUGCAACAAGGCCUUCUCCAACGCCUCGGACCGGGCCAAGCACCAGAACCGCACGCACUCCAACGAGAAGCCGUACGUCUGUAAGAUCCCCGGCUGCACCAAGCGCUACACGGACCCCAGCUCGCUGAGGAAGCACGUGAAGACGGUGCACGGGCCCGAGGCGCACGUCACCAAGAAGCAGCGCGGCGACCUGCCCCCCUGGCCGCCGGCGCCCCGGGAGAACGGCGAGAACGAGACGGGGAGGAGAGAGGACGCCAUGUCGGACAACGGCUCCCCCGGAGGCAUGGAGGACUACCUGCACGUGAAGUCCAUCAAGACGGAGAACUCGGUGGUGUAUCAGUCCAGCCCUGGCGGUCAGUCAUCAUGUAGCAGCGAACCAUCGCCACUUGGCAGCGCCACCAACAACGACAGUGGAGUAGACAUGGCGGCGCUCAGCGGCGGCAGCCUGGACGAGCUGACCUUCCUGGAGUCCGUGGGAUUCGAGGAUUCCUCCGGCGGCGGCGGCGGCGGUGGCGGCGCGGCGGUCGGCCUCCACUUCCGGAAGCAGCUCGGCACCAGUCAGAUCCUGGAGCAUCUGAAGAAGGAGAAGCUGAAGACAGUGAGGGACUCGUGCCGCUGGGCCAACCACCCGGCCCCCCCGGUCCUCGGCACCAAGCUCCCACCCGUACCAGCAAGCGGCUCCCUCCUGGAGACGAUGGGUGGAGGUCCCGUGUCCUUCCCUGGUUCCGGCUCCGGUAAGCUGAGCUUCGGUAAACUGACGCUUCUGGAUCCGCCGUCCGGGCGCCGCGACAGCAGCUGCAGCAGCCUGAGCUCGCUCUACAGCCGCCGCUCCUCGGGCAUCUCGCCAUGCUGCUCCAGCCGCCGCUCCAGCCAGACCUCCACGUUCGGCGCCAACCGCCCCAGCAACCUCAGCUCGGCCGACUCCUACGACCCCAUCUCCGCCGACCUCUCGCGGCGCUCCAGCCAGACCAGCCACUGUGGGGGGGGCAGCGGAGGAGGAGCGGGCGUGUACGGCGGCGUGGGCGUGGCCAGCCCGCUCAGCCUGACCCCGGCCCAGCACUACCACCUCAAGGCGCAGUAUGCCGCCGCCACCGGGGGGGCACCACCUACCCCUCUUCCCUACUUGGACCAGAUGUGUCUGAAGACCCACACGGCUCGGUACGAGGACCCCCAGGGUCGCCCCCCCACUACAGGCCUCCCCUACAGGCAGCACAGCAGCUACCGCACCAGGAGCUUGAUGCCUCACGAGGCGCCGUCUCACGUCCCGCGCCGAGCCAGCGACCCGGUGAGACGUGUGACCUCCGACCCGCCGCAGCUGCAGCGCCACAACAGCAUCGGGACCCUGAGCCGGGGGGGGGCCGGGCAGCCGUGUCCGCCUCCGGCUGCAGAUCGCCACCGCUCCGCCCAGCUCGGCUGCUCGAGGGCCGAUGGUCACCAGCGCUACUCGUACAGCCAUCGACCGCCCAGCAUCUCUGAGCACGUCACCAUGGAGACGGGCGAGGACGACCUGGCGCCGCCGGACUUCAACGCCGAUGGAGAAACAAGCUGCAGAGCGUCGGCCAAUCAGCAGCAGCUCCAAGGAAACCUCCCACAGCAGUCGUACUAUCAGAGAAGAACGCCCGUCGUGAGUCCAGCGCAGCAGAAAUGUUCUUCAUCCCUGAGGGACCACAGGGACGACCUCCCGGUCCCCGACCCGGUCCCCGGCCCGGUCCGAGGGAACCUCCCGGUCCCCGGCCCGGUCCGAGGGAACCACCCGGUCCCCGGUCAGCUCCGAGGGAACCUGGCCGUCCUCCAGCAGAACCACAGCUUCGGAUCCAUGUACAACCAUCUGAGCUCCAACCAGCAGACCAACACUGAACCAGGAGCAAACUGCUUCCGGCAGCAGAGACUCCAGACGUCGUCCAAUCUGAACGAAGCCAUGAGCGCCCAGCGUAGAUACAGCGAAGGGGGCGGUCCCUAUGACAACAACGGGAACGCCAGCUACCCGAGGUGCAGCAACACGGACGCAGCAGCCGGGAGCUUCACCUGCAAACAGGAGCCGGACGACCAGGAGCCGGUGGACAUGCGUUUCACUGACGCUGGGUUUCCGCCUGUGAGAGUUAAAGUCGAGGACUGUGACGGACCAUUCCUGAUUUCAGAUCAGCAGAACUGUAACAUGACUUCCCAGAAUCCUUUGCACACUGUGAACCAGAGCUACGUUCAGCCGAGGCCACCAGCAGAACCCAGAUCUCUACACCGGCUCCAUCCAGGGUCCAGGGUGAUGCAGCACCCGAGGAACCAGAGCAACCCAGAGCUGGUUUCCAGAUUAUUCUCUGAUGACAACGCCUUGUACUACACGGGACAGAUUCAAGUCUUCGAGUCCAACAGGAACUAUGACCUUCAGGUUUCUCCCGUGGGGAACGCGCCUCCUUUUGAAGAUGGCGCGGCGUCUCCCAGCUCCGGUGGAAACCCGGCGUCCAGGACUCCCGAGUGCGACGCCGCCCUGGAGCAGACGCAGAUCGACUUCGACUGCAUGCUGGACGACGGGGAUCACUCCAGCGUCAUGUCGGGAACGCUGAGUCCGGGUCUGCUCCAGAACCUGUCCCGGAGUUCCUCUCGCCUGACCACGCCCAGGAACUCCGUCACGCUGCCCUCGCUGCCCACGGGCACGGGCAACAUGGCGAUCGGCGACAUGAGCUCGCUGCUGACCGCUCUCGCCGAGGAGAACAAGUUCCUGAACCUGAUGCCGUAG